CUCUGCUCUAAAAAUAUGCCCUGGGCCUGAAAUUUCUGCUUCUGAGGUCAGCCUGGACCUUCUUCUAGGCUUACUAUAUUCCAGCCAGACCCUUACUCGAGCAAACCUCUAUUCAUGAUGUAGCUCCUGCUUCAGGUUCAUUGAAGAAAUGAGUGAUGAAGAAAGCUUACGCGACUAUCUGUUUAAACUGACCAUGAAACAGCAAUGGGAAAAAGUGGCGAAGAAAUAUGAGGAAGAUGAAAAUGCUCAUACUCUUAUGCUUACCAAAUUAGAGGACACAGCUUUCCAUAUAGCUAUCUCCAGUUACAACCCUGAUUGCUGCAACGCACCCCAUGAAAGCUUCACUCGCAAAAUGUACUCUUUGAUGAAUGAUAAAAAAACAUUAUGUAAAGUGCUCGAGAUGCCUAACACGAGAGGAGACACCCCUCUCCAUCUUGCAGCUGCAGUUGGAUGGGAGACCUUGUGCACACUUAUAGCUUCAGCGGAUCCAACUCUCAUUGAGCUCCGCAAUGCUAAUGGUGAGACGCCAUUGUUCAUUGCAGCUCAUCACGGAAACCUUGAUACGUUUGUCUCACUCCAUGGCAUCUACAUCGAAGCCAAGGGUAAGGCUGAUGGGUCUCUCUGCAGGAGGAAAGAUGGGAAUACCGUCUUGCACUCUGCAAUUUCUGGGGAAUACUUCAAAUUAGCCUACUUUAUAUUGGAGCACUACAAGAAUCUUCUCAAUUAUUUUAAUGUUGAUGGAGAAACCCCUCUCCAUGUUUUAGCAAGGAAGCCUAACUUGUUCAAAAGCAGUUCACAGCUUGGAUCCUACGAAUCAAUUAUCUACCACUUUGUAUUUGUUGAUGUUCUGACGAAACAACCCAAUCACAAAUCCACACUGAUUAAUGGCUCAAGUAACGACAAAUUCCCAGAGAACUACAAGACAUGUGUGAGCAUCUUCGGUCUAGUAUGGAAUCCAAUUUACGAGAGUAUUAAAGCUGGCCGUUCUAGAUCCGAGAAGAAAAAGAGUAUUCCAAAUGAUGUAGAAGAUCAACCGUAUGAGGAGCAUGGUGUUCCAAUAUAUGAGAGUUUCAUAGCUGGUUGUUCAAGAUCCAAGAAAAAAGAUGCUGCGUCUACUGAUAAAAAUAAAGGUGCAGAGGCAAAGAGCAAAGAUUAUGGUUCCUAUCCUCCCAAUUACAAAACUUGCAUUUUGAUUUUCAAAUUUGCCACAAAGGUCAUCCUAACAGUUCUUGGAGUUGGAUUCUUGAAGAUACAAAAGAUUCACGAGAAGAAAGUACGACACUGUCAUGCGAUGCAGAUCAUGGAUAAAAUGAUCGAGUUUGAACCAAGUUACAAAUACGAUAGCAAUGGGCAGCGCCCCGCCCAUCCCUCAGAAGCAUCGAGUAGUAUUCCGGAUACGCCUCCCAUUGCUGAAGAAUCUGAGACCACAGAAUCUAACAUCGAAGUGAAGGACAGUACUCCACUACUGGUAGCUGCUAAAAUGGGAAUCCCAGAAAUGGUGAAGAAGAUACUUGAUGCGGUUCCCGUAGCCAUCCAAGAUCAAGACUCGGAAGGGAAGAAUGUGCUGAUGUUGGCAGCAGAGCACAGGCAGACAUAUGUGUUUGAUUUUCUGGUGCAGAGAAAGCUCCCCGAAUACGUGUUUCACCAUUUUGACAAUAAAGGGAACAGCAUCCUCCACCUUGCUGCAAAGCUGGGAGAGAAGCAGCCGUGGCGCAUUCCUGGUGCUGCUCUGCAGAUGCAAUGGGAGAUCAAAUGGUACAAGCAUGUGAAGAGAUGUGUUCCAGCGGUGUGUUACAGUCACCACAACGCAAAGGGAGAGACUCCAAGGAAGAUCUUCUCACAAACACAUGAGAAAUUAGUGGAGUCAGGAAACGGGUGGCUGGUCAAAACCUCGGAAUCAUGCUCCGUGGUGGCUGCGCUCAUCGCCACGGUUGCGUUCGCCACCUCCGCCACGGUCCCGGGGGGCCUAGACCAAAGCCACGGGUACCCCAUCCUGAGAGACCGCAGAGCCUUCGACAUCUUCUCAAUCGCUUCGCUGAUCGCGCUCUGCCUAUCCAUCACGGCGCUCGUGUUCUUCCUUGCAAUCAUCACCUCGCGAUUCGAAGAGCGCGAUUUCAAGCGAGACCUGCCUCGGAAGCUGCUGAUGGGGCUGAGUUGUCUGUUCUUGGGCAUAGUGGCGAUGCUGCUGUCGUUCUGCGCGGGGCAUACUUUUAUACUGAGGGAGAAGCUGAGGAUUGCGUCGCUGCCGAUAUACGCGGUGGCUAUGAUACCAGUCAUGCUAUUUGCAAUGGGGCAGUUGCCUUUGUACUUUGAUCUUCUUUGGGCUGCCUAUGUUAAAGUCCCUCUACGCAGCUACAAGAUCUUUUUACACUAGAUAUAUAUCCUCAUUAAUUAUUGUAAUUGCUCUCAAUAGUAUCAUUUUUUGUAUAGAUUUGUAAUGAAUCAAUAAACUAGAAUUGGUCUUUCUACAGUAGAUCUCCUCAUUACUGUA